AUGAAGGGUACCUUUUCCAAAGCCGGUGCUGCGGCUCUACUGGCCACAACAGCAAAUGCACAACUCUAUCCCAACCAGAGCCCGUUGAACCACACCUGCCAGCUACAGGAACCACUCCUGUCUUGCCCAUCGCAAGAUCCUUCCAAAGUCGACUCAUGCUGCGUCGAGACAUUCGGUGGACUUGUUCUGAGCACUCAAUUCUGGAACACAUACACCGGCCGCGAAUCUGAAGGUCAGCUUCUCCCUACCGACACAUGGACGCUCCACGGCCUCUGGCCCGACUUCUGUAACGGUAGCUACACACAAUACUGUGACCUGAGCCGUCAAUACGACCCCAUCCCAGGACCAAACACCACGAACGGCCUACCAAACGGCACAUUCGUUCCACCCUACAACGGAUCCAACAUCGGCACCUUCCUCGAGCCAUUUGGCCGCUACGACCUCUUGGAGUACAUGAACACCUACUGGAUCGCAUGGCAACAAGACAACCCCGGUUUCUGGGGCCACGAGUUCUCCAAGCACGCCACCUGCUUCUCUACCUUCAAUGUCCCUUGCUACGGCCCGCAGUACCGCGAGCAUGAGGACGUUGUUGACUUCUUCGAGACGACUAUCAAGUACUACAAGAGGUUCCCUACCUUCGAUUGGUUGGCCGCUGAGGGCAUCACGCCUUCCAACUCAACCACGUACUCGUACUCCGAUCUCGUGGAUGUUCUGUACGAGCAGCACGGCGGUAUUCCUUUCUUGGGUUGCUCGGGGCCCAGGUUCAAUGCUACUGAUGCUGGCAAGAACACGACUGAUCGAGGCUACACUAUCUUGAGCGAAGUUUGGUACUACGAGCACGUGUACGGCCGCCCUCAAGAAGGCAAUGCCAUUCCCGUUAAUGCUUCGGCUACGUACCUCACCAACUGCGCUACUUCCGAGGGCGCAAUUCACUACCCGGAGAGGACCAAUGGGUCGGAGAAGGCUCCCACUGUCCCGUUCUAG